AUGUCAGGUAUGGGCCGCGUAUUGCUCAAGGUUAUCAUUCUCGGCGACAGCGGCGUCGGCAAGACGUCUCUCAUGAACCAGUAUGUGAACAAACGGUUCAGCAAUCAAUAUAAGGCGACAAUUGGCGCAGACUUUCUAACAAAGGAAGUCAUGGUUGACGACCGACUCGUCACGAUGCAGUUAUGGGACACGGCCGGUCAAGAGCGCUUCCAGUCAUUGGGUGUUGCAUUCUACCGAGGAGCCGACUGCUGUGUGCUGGUUUACGACGUAAAUAGUGCAAAGUCUUUCGAGACGCUCGACAGCUGGCGCGAUGAAUUCCUCAUCCAAGCUAGCCCCCAUGACCCGGAGAACUUCCCCUUCGUUGUGUUGGGCAACAAGAUUGAUGUUGAGGAGAACAAGCGACAGGUGACCCAGAAGCGUGCUAUGACCUGGUGCCAGUCAAAGGGCAACAUCCCGUACUUCGAAACGUCAGCGAAGGAAGCCAUCAACGUUGAGCAAGCAUUCCAGACGGUAGCCAAGAAUGCCCUGCAGCAAGAGCAGGAAGAGUCUUUGUCAGAUAUUCCCGUCGUGGACCUGAACCCGCCUUCUAACAAAUCGCUAUCUGACAGCUGCAACUGCUAA